AUGGCCAUCCCGUACCCCCAGGGAGAAUGCUUUUUUAAAAGAAGCUCGCUUACAUCUGAAAAACCUGACCGUUUCAACGCAGAAAACCCUGCCCACUUCUACAGUACCCUAAUUGUCGAAACUAUUUGGAACAAAGAGGCCUAUCACGGAGAGAAAAACUGCCAGAAUCGUUCUAAUCCCCGAUCUGAUCUCAAGGUUGUCUAUGGUGGUGGGGGCUGGAAAACGCACUAUGGGAAUUGGUCCCAUAUUCCCUUCACGUACGGGAACUAUGCAAAGCCCGAGACAGUCAACAGACGGAUUCGGCAUGAGCUGUGUACCUGGGGUUAUCGGUUCAAGAAAAGAGAAUGGGGCGAUGCUUACGAGGCCUGGUUCAUGUUCGUUCCGAUGCCCAGAAGGGAAGAGGAAUGGAUCUACAUUGAUCGACUUGCGACUAUUCGUGCAAUUUAUAUACCUGUUGCCCAUCAAUCCAGUGAAAAAUAUCCUGACCUCUGCACGUAUGUCCAGUGUCGAUUCAUCUCCAUGAAACAAGUCACAAUGGAAUACCACAAGUCUACUGGAGAGGGGAAGGAUCCGUCUAAAGUCCAGACCACCAUUGACUGUCUUGUGACCACAUUAAUCGUUCCGCGAGAUUUUCGAAAACUUGAUGCAUUCACUUCCAAUGCUGUUAUGUUGGUUGACUCUAGCUUGAUCCCCACCGCGCCCCUUCAGCAAACACUGAGCGAUCAGUGCAUGGCAGAUUGGGCUGUAGUCAUGGGUGCCAAUCAGGGUCUUUCGAUAGAGUGGAAAAAAGGAGACUUCAAAGGGCACUGGUUCAUCAGUUACUUCAAAAAUGCUAUGUCUUUUGCCAUUGGAUACCUUCCUUUAGCAGGGCCAUUCUUAGCUAUUGGGUGGAAUGUUGCCUACACCGCAAUCGCUCAGCCCGAUGAGUUCUUAGAGCAGCUGCGGGAACAGAUUCCUUCGGUAGAACUCAUUGAGGGAUUUGUGUCUGAAAUCAAGAAGAUGGCACAAGAUGGUGAAGAGGUCCUACAAGACGGGAUCGAUGUGAAGAAACUCAGUGGUGUCGAGACGAAGAUAUCGAACGCCAGUCCCCUGGAUGAUGAGAAAGAUGAGGUACAGGCAAAACCUGCCGCUGUGGUGGAGACGCCGACCGGUGAAGGUGAACAGGCCCCCACGACUGAGGAAGACGAAAAGCAUCUCACAAAAGUGGAUCAAGUUUCUCGAAUGAUCGGGAAAAUGAAGUCGGCAUCCAUCUCUGAGGUUAGGAAGUGGUUCGAUAUGAGCCUCAAAACAUUGGACAAAAUGGGACUGCUGACAGAUGAGGUUUGUAAUAAACUUGAGCGAGCAAGUGACCCUUUCGAUGAACCUUCCGAUGAUGAGCGAUGGGAUGAAGAUGGAAAUUUCAUUGAGAAUCAGAAUAUGUCAAGUCCCGAUGAAAAGUGGGCCAAGAUUGCGCGAGGUUUGUUAGUUCAGAUGCUUGAAAGGAGACUCGAGCAGGCCUUAAAGUUUGAGAUCUGGCCUGAUGACAAGUAUGGCGUCGACAGGAACUUCAUGAGACGAACUUCUCGUCAAUAUAUGAAGCCAAAAACGGGCUGA